CGCCCUUUUUUUUUCUUUGUAUCACUUUCCUUCUUUUUUUAUUAUUCUUCUCUUUUUUUUUUGAAUAAACUAAUUUCUAUCUAUCAUUGACACACUUUAUGUAUCGACAUCGUUUUUUCACAACCAAUAAACGAGGCGAAAAUUAUGAAUUGAAAGCAGAGUUGAACAGUGAUCAACAUUACGUCCGGAGUGAUGCAGUGAAGAAAGUGAUUGCCAACAUGACAGUAGGAAAAGAUGUUAGUACCUUAUUUCCUGAUGUACUCAAAAACAUGCAAACUGAAAAUAUCGAACUCAAGAAACUAGUAUAUUUGUACCUGAUGAAUUAUGCGAAAACACAACCAGAAUUGGUGAUUUUGGCCGUCAAUACAUUUGUUAAGGAUACAAAAGACCCUAAUCCUUUGAUUCGAGCUCUAUCGAUUCGUACCAUGGGUUGUAUUCGAGUGAAUAAAAUAAUGGAUUACUUGAUGGAGCCUUUACGUCGUUGUUUACAAGAUGAAAGCCCUUAUGUUCGGAAAACAGCAGCUUUAUGUGUGGCCAAACUCUAUGAUAGUCAAUCUCCUGAAUUGACAAUGGAUUUAUUACCGUAUUUACGCGAUAUGAUUUCAGAUAUCAAUCCUAUGGUGGUAGCCAAUGCUAUUAUUGCAUUAUUGGAUAUCAAUGACAUCAACGAUCUAGAUGGCAAAUCUCCAGUGUUCCAAGUCACUUCUGGUUCUCUCAACAAGUUAUUAUACGCUUUGAAUGAAUGUACCGAAUGGGGUCAAGUGGCCAUUUUGGCUGCCCUCACAGAUUAUCAUCCAACUUACCCUAAAGAAGCUCAAGGUAUUUGUGAUCGUAUCCUUCCUCGUCUUCAACAUGUCAAUGGAGCAGUUGUCUUGUCUGCUAUCAAGGUGAUUUUGGUGUAUAUGAACUAUAUGGGUGAUCAAGAUGUGAUUGCUAGUUUUCGUAGGAAAAUGACUCCCUCUUUAGCGACAUUAUUGGCCAAUCCUCCUGAAGUACAAUAUAUUGCAUUACGUAAUAUUGGACUGAUUUUACAAAAACAUGGUGAUAUUUUAGAUCGUGAAAUGCGAGUAUUUUUUUGCAAGUAUAAUGAUCCUCUCUAUGUCAAAUUGGAAAAACUGGUGAUUUUGGUCCAAUUGUGUAAUGAUAGGAAUGUGGAUCAGUUAUUGAUAGAAUUGAAAGAAUAUGCCAAAGAAGUGGAUGUUGAUUUUGUGCGGAAAUCAAUUCAAGCUAUUGGCCAAUGCGCAAUCAAGGUUGAAGAGGCUUCUGAAAGUUGUAUAGAUAUUUUAUUAGAACUUAUCAACACUGAAGUCAGCUAUGUAGUACAAGAGGCGAUAGUGGUAAUCAAGAACAUUUUUCGAAAAUACCCCCAUCAAUACGAAGGUAUUCUACCAACACUAUGUGAAAAUCUCGAUACAUUGGAUGAACCAGAAGCCAAGGCCGCAAUGAUUUGGAUGCUCGGUGAAUAUGCAGAUCGGAUUGACAAUGUGAUAGAUUUGAUGACCUACUUUUUUGAUUUCUUCCAUGAUGAAAAUAGCACGCCUGAUGAAACGCAAGUAUUUGUACAAAAGGUAUUACACGCGUCCACUCAAUGUGUCAACAAUGCAGAUAUUCGAGAUCGAGGAUAUAUCUAUUGGCGACUUUUAUCCACUGAUCCACAAGCAGCCAAAGUCAUUCUCUUAUCUGAAAAACCGCCUAUUAGUGAAAAAAACCAAGUUGUGUCAGCAGGAUUAUUGGAUGAAUUGAUUUAUCAUAUUGGUACAUUGGCAUCAGUAUACCACAAACCUCCUGAAUCAUUUAUUUAUGGUCGAAAAUAUAGUGCUGAUCAUGUGAACAAGAUACAAGCGAGAUACGAAGAAGAGACUCCACAUAACAUUCAAGACAAAGAUACUAUUGGGGAUUUAUUGGAUUUGGAUUGGAACGAAUCACCAACGCAGGUGAACAAUAUGGAUGAUGUACUCAGUAUUGAUUCAAUGGCAAUGACAUCACCUUCAGGAAAUACACAGCAAAAAGGCGGCCUUUUCGAUGAAUGGUUGAGUUCGAAUUCCGGCAUCCAUGCGAUGGGUGGAGAGCAACAACAGCAAAUACCUGGUGACUUUUUGGCCAAGGUGGGGUCUUCUUCAGAUAAAAUAGAUCAAGAUACCAAAGAUCCUUUUUCUGGAUUAUUAUAGUGAAUAAAAAGUUGAUUAGAAUAAAAUAUUUAAUAAAGAAAAUAAUUCUUUUUUUUUUUUUGAUAGUGUUUUUUUUUUUUUUUU